AUGCCAAACUAUGUUAAAUUCAUGAAAGAUAUCCUGUCCAAGAAACAGAGACUUAGAGAAUUUGAGACAAUAACUCUGACGAAGGAAUGCAACGUAUAUCUACAAGAUAAAAUACCCUCAAAGAUGAAGAACCCUGGAUGUUUCACCAUACCUUCCCAUAUUGGAGCAUCUUAUUGUGGUAAGGCAUUGCGUGAUUUGGGUGCGAGCAUCAACUUGAUGCCUAUGUCCAUAUUCAGAAAAUUGGGGAUAGAUAAGGAGGUUCCAAUCAUCUUAGGAAGGCCUUUCCUAGAAAUUAGAAGGACCCUUAUUGAUGUGCAGAGAGUAACCGAGUUAGAAGAAUUGGCUAUAGAAUGGGAACUCAAUUAUGUUGAGGACCCAUUGGAAUAA